CUUCUAGAGAAUUGCAUCGUUCCAGACUCGCGCGACAUUUACCCUUGAGUUAGUACCACCAUAACCAUGGCAGGAGAAGAAGAGCAAAAUAAGAAACGAAAGAAGGGGCAUGCGCAGCAGCACCAGCUGAAGCGGCAGGGGCGGCGGAGCUACAAGGAGGACCAGGAAAUUGCCGAGCUGGAGCAGCGCCUACGCGAAGGAGCUCCGCCACGCGGCUCAAACCCCUUGGCGGCGCAGGAGGGCGCCGGCGCGACAACAUCCUACGCGGCCGCCCGCACUUUCGACGAGCUGCCGCUGUCGCAGUACACUAAGGACAGUCUCAAGAAGUAUAAAUUUGUAACGCUGACCGCGGUUCAGCGCGCGACACUCCCACAUGCCCUCGCCGGUCGCGAUGUGCUGGGUGCGGCGAAGACGGGCUCAGGCAAGACGCUGUCGUUCCUCAUCCCGCUGGUUGAGAAGCUGUACCGUGCCAAGUGGACGCGGCUGGACGGGCUGGGGGCGCUGGUGCUCACGCCCACCCGCGAGCUGGCGGUGCAGAUUUUUGAGGAGCUGAGGAAGGUGGGCCACUUCCACGACCUGUCCGCGGGCCUGCUCAUCGGCGGCAAGGCGGUGGCGGAGGAGGCGGCGCGCGUGCACCGCAUGGCCAUGCUGGUGGCCACGCCGGGCCGUCUGCUGCAGCACCUGGACGAGACGCCCGGCUUCGACACCAGCGGGCUGCAGGCGCUGGUGCUGGACGAGGCCGACCGCAUCCUGGACAUGGGCUUCGCGGCCACACUGGACGCCAUCGUGGCCAAUCUGCCCCGGGAGCGACAGACGCUGCUGUUCAGCGCCACACAGACCAAGUCGGUCCGCGACCUGGCCCGCCUCAGCCUCACGGACCCCGAGUACCUGGCGGUGCAUGCCGAGGCCGCCACGCCCACGCCGCUGAAGCUGCAGCAGGCCUACAUGGUCGUUGACCUGGGCCAGAAGAUGGACGUGAUGUGGUCCUUCAUCCGUACCCACCUCAAGGCCAAAACCAUCAUCUUCCUCUCGACAUGCAAACAGGUGCGCUUCGUGUUCGAGGCGUUCCGCAAGCUGCGCCCCGGCGUGCCGCUGCGCUGCCUGCACGGCGGCCUCAAGCAGGCGCGCCGCACCUCGGUGUUCUACGAGUUCUGCAAUGAGAAGGCCAUGGUGCUCAUCGCCACGGACAUCGCCGCCCGCGGUCUGGACUUCCCCACUGUGGACUGGGUGGUGCAGGCUGACUGCCCCGAGGACGCCGCCACCUACAUCCACCGCGUGGGCCGCACCGCGCGCUACAUGGCCUCGGGCCGGGCGCUGCUGCUGCUGCUGCCCAGCGAGCGCGACGGCAUGUUGAAGCUGCUGGAGGACGCCAAGGUGCCGCUCACCCAGAUCCGGCCCAACCCCGCCAAGCAGCAGGCCGUGACGCCGGCGCUGCAGGCACUGCUGUCCAAGGACCAGGAGCUCAAGGACUUUGCUCAGAAGGCUCUGACCGCCUACCUGCGCUCAGUGUUCCUGCAGCCCAAAAAGGACGUGUUCGACGUGACGCAGCUGCCCGUGGAGGACUUCGCUGCCAGCAUAGGCCUGGCCUCCACGCCCAAGCUGCGCUUCCUCAAGCGCGUCAAGGCGGGCCCGGGCGGCAAGUCGCGCGAGGAAGUGAUCGAGAUGGGCGGCAGGUCGGCCCUGGAGGAGGAGAGCGAGGAGGAGGAAGAGGAGGACGGGGAGGAGGAGGAGCAGGAGGAGGACGCGGCGGCGGCGCGGCGGGCGGGCGCGGCGAGCACCAGCGGCCGGGCGGGCGCGACGCCGGCUGCUGGCAAGAAGGGCAAACGGGCGGAGGCGGCGGAGCCGGAGGAACAGCCGGGUGCGAAGAAGCUGAAGGGCCAGGACGGCGCGGUGAAGGCGGCGAAGAAGGCCAACGGUGCGGCGGCUGCGGCCGUCAACGGCGGCGGCGGUGAUGACGACGACGAUGAUGAUUUCCUGGUGGUUAAGAAGCGGGACGUGUUUGCAGAGCCUGAGGAGGAGGAGCGGCUAAUGAAGGAGGUGGCUGCGGCGGCAGCGGGCGACGACGACGAAGACGGCAAAAAGAAGAAAAAGAAGAAGAAGCAGAAGAUCAAAGUGGGCUCCGUCAGCGGCAACCGCAGGGUCUUCGACGAGGAGGGCAACGCGCUGGAUCCGCUGGCGCAGCUGGCCAAGGAGGGGCUGGGCGAGGAGGGCGCAGCGGCAGCCGCAGCGGAGGCGAUGUCGGCGCGCGAGGGUGUGUACGUGGUGGCGGCACGGCCGGAGGAGCGCUUCAAGAUCGCGGCGGACCUCAUGCGCCGCCGCGACAAGGAGGACCGGGCCCGGCUCAAGCAGCUCAAAAAGGAGAUCAAGUUGGAAAAGAAGGCACGGGCGCGUGCCGCCGCCGGGCUGGAGGAGCAGGGCGGCGUGGCCACGUUGCGUCGCGCCGGCGAGGACGACUCGGACGAUGACCAGGAGGGCGGCAGCGGCAGUGGCAGUGGCAGCGAGGAGGAGGAGGAGGAGGAGCAGCGCGAGCGCCGGCGGCGGGGCGGCCGGGGCGGCCGCCGUGGCGGCGACUCGGAUGAUGAUAGUGAGGGCAGCGACGAGGAUGACGGCGAGGAGGAUGCGGGGCAGCGGGGGCACAAGCGGCCCGAGGUGGCGCAUUUCGGCAUGGCGCGCAAGGACGCGGGCGCGAGCGCAGCGGCGGCGAUGGGGGCUGCAGGGGCGGCGUCGAAGGCGGCGGCGGGGUCGUCGCUGGCGGAGCAGGAGGCCAUGGCGCUCAAACUGCUCAGCAUGCGGCGGUAAUGAGCCGACAGGGGGGGAUGGGGAUGGGGAGGGGGCUGGCAAGGUGUCGCGCUUGUGAUAUGCGUGCUGCCAGAGUCGUGCCGCCGUGCGGCGCGCGCGUCUAGGGAGUUUGCUUGGUGUGCCGCCUCGCGCACACGUGCAUGUCUGAUGUGUGCCGUGGGUUUGGCCAUCUAUGUUUUAGUGCAGGACUGGUUUGCAGCUUUUGGGAGCGCGGCGGCUGGUGCUUCUGCCGGCUAGUCGUUGCGCUCACAUCAACUCUUCAAGGCGUGUAGAACGGAGACUAGUGGGGAUGGUGAUGUAGCUGAACUGAUGAGCUGUGCGUCCAUGUGUGGGUGCUGCUGGUAACACACGCGGCAACGAACGCCGGCUUUUGCCGUGUCACACCGCCGGGACCUGAGACUUCGACCAUCUGAAAGGCUUGCUGUCGCGCGUUGGCAGCGCUGCAGCCACUGAUGUAUGAAUGCCAAUACGAACCCCAGCAAAGACGCAAGGAAGAGG